AUGAAUUAAUAAAAAGGAUUAGAUGAAUAGACUUUAAAAGAAAAUUUAUCAAGAUUAAGUAAUCUGAUGACAAUAUAAAAAAAGUGUAAGUUGGAUUAAAAACCAGAAUUACAAAAUAAGAUGACUAAAAAUUCCCUCUUUAUGAAUUUGAAAUUCUUUUAAAAACCUUAAGGUCAAAAUGAUGAUGUACCUAAAAACAUAAAAGUUCCAGAAACAACAUCUACUUAAAGUUAGACUCCAAAAACCAUCAUAAAAAAAUAAAUGCAUAGACCACAAUCAAUGGCUGUUUUUAAAUAGAUUUCUGAAUUUAGAGAAUUAUAACAUUAAGAGAGUUUAAUAUAAUAAGAGUUUUCUCAUUAUAAAGAUUGGAUAGGGUUGUCAGUAGUUGAUCGAAAUGAAAUAUUUCAAAAAAAGAAACAAUAGAAAAUAAAAAAGCUUCAAGAAGAGAAAGAAUAAGAAAUACUUAGAGUUUGUACAUUUAAACCUAAGCUUUCUUAAUAAAUAAAAUAUUAAAAUCCAUAAUCUUGGAUAAUAAGUAAAUCAUAUCUUGAUUUACAUAAAUAAAAACAGAAUUAUAAUGAUAAAUUAUAUUGA